AGUUCAUUUGGUAGCACACGGUGUGGGUCCUUCGUAGCGGAGGUGACAUUCAAUCGAGGCAGUCUGGAUAAGACGGUUUGGGGUUGACGAAAAUAAUCUAGAAAACAUGGCACAAGCAGCACAGAAACUUGUGGCCAAAGCUCCACAAUUAGUCAGCGCUGCAGUCACCUACUCAAAACCCCGGCUAGCAACAUUCUGGCGCUAUGCGCGCGUGGAGCUUGUGCCUCCGUCCCCAGCAGAGAUUCCCAAGGCCAUCGAGAGCGCCUUAGGGCUUGUCAAGAGCUUCCAAGCGGGUCGUCUUGGUCAGACCACAGUUAGGGAGGCCUUGCGGAACGGUCUCGUCGCCACGGAAGUACUGAUGUGGUUCUACAUCGGAGAGAUCAUCGGGAAAGGAAGCAUCGUUGGAUACAAUGUGUAGCCUAAAUCGUAGACUCCUGUGGCCUGCUGUUCCCCUUUGAGUGCUUCUGUAAAUGGUCUUUGCCUCCUGUUUUGGGAUCCAAUAAAUUUAUGUUUAAAAGUAA